AUGGGCACAGAGCCAGGGCAGUGCCCCACAGCACCCGACGGGCCCCUCGUCUUUGCUGGCUCGAGCCCAGCUGAUGUGGAACAUGCCCGUAUCUUCUGGAACUCAGCCACGCUCCCGCUGCCGCUCGAGUCCUCUCUAGGCCCUGCCACCCUUCGACGUGAGGGAAACCUUCCCCUGAGGGGGGCCUGCCCCAUAAGGGGACAUGAAAGUGAGGAAAACAGUGAGAAAGAGAGAAUCUCAGAAGCUCAAAAUGUGCAGAAAACUAAAGUAAAAGAAAAAUAUCUUCAGCAGGCCAAGAAAAGAGAAGAUAUACUAGCUUUGCUGAGGAAACAGAGAGAAGAAAGGAUUGCAAAAGAACUGAUUUCUCAUCCACAUAAACCAAAGAUCAAAGCUGAUGAAGUAAGCAGGCAGAAGGUGUUUGAAGCAGACCAUCAGGAUCAAGCAGCAGUAAAGGCCCUCAAAUAG